AGCUCGAGAGCUGCCUGUUAAUGUUGGAAGCUCCCCUCCCUGCAGUCCUGCCGCUGCCCCGCUGUGGGGCCAAUUGCUUGCGCCAAGGCAAACCCCCAAUGGCCCUCCGGCUGGGUCCAGUUCCCGGCCAGCUGGAAUUUUCCCCGACACCCGUCCGCCGACAGCGACCUACCUCCACCUCUUCGAUAUCGAUUCCUCGGCCGGUCGACGGCGAUCUCUCCAGCAGACAUCUACCACAGUACCUUAGUGGAUGGACGGUUAGGUGAACCGGCGCAACUGUGGGCGCCAGAUUUCGACAAUGAGCAGCUGCAGCCUGGGCGUCAAUGCCUUCCGGUCCAGCGUCCAGGCCGCCGCGCACCACUUGACGAGGCCGUAUUCCCGGUUGCUGCCGGUCGCUCCCUUUUCGAGUCGCUGCUUUUCGUCCUGGCCGUCUCCUCAGAAACAACAACAACAACGACAGCCGCAGCGAGCAGGACAUGGCCGCAACGCAGUCACGGGGUCCGCCCUCCUGAAAGCCGCCCGGCCGGUGUUGCCGCAAUGGGUCGGCAUCCGGACAAUACUCGGGGGCGGCCAGACGGUCAUCACCCACUAUGUCGACCUGCCGCCGGAAUAUGAAGAUCGGGACGGACUGCCGUUUGCCAAGCAUGACUUGACAGCAAGUGAGGUGGUUGCCAUUUUCGGGCCGCUCAUGAGCACCACGGGAGGCAACGAGCUCCUGCGGAUCCUCCAUGGCCGGCGCGUCGCCGGGACGCUCGAUGACCCGGCGCUCCGUGUCAAUACGAUCGUGUAUCCGAAGGAGCAGCAGCACAUCGCCCUCGCCUAUCUGCGUGAGAAGGUGCCCGUGGACGAGAUCGCCAACGCGGGUCUCCGGGCCGAGGACGAGCUAGCGGCUCUAGAGAAGGGCGGCACCGCGGCGGAAAAGGAGAAAACAGACGAUAAUCUAGGGUAUGCGACCAAGCUGAAGCUCUACGGGGAGCGAGAAGUCUUGCGGAAGAAAACGAGCGUUUACGGGCGGAGCGCACUCGAUGCGAUUCGUGAGAGCAACGAGGCAAAACGAAAAGCGGAACGCGAGAAGCGAGAGGAGGAAGAGCGGAAGAAGAAGGAAGAAGAGGAGCGACAGGGCAAGGCCGGGCCGCUGCAGGUUGCUGGCGAGCAGACGCGACAGCUGAGCCCCAAGAUGCAAGAGUACAUGGCCAAGGGUCAAUCCAACCUCACGGAGCCGCCUAAGAUGAAGAUGUGGCAGCGGCUUCUGCCGUCGACCACCUUGGUGCUCGCUCUGAUCGGGCUUUGUGUGGCGUACGCCGAGUUCUACCAGCCGGCCAAGCGGGCAGACAGGUGGUUUCCGGAUAUCCCACCGGCGGCGGUCACGGUGGGCACGCUGAUAGCGCUCAACCUGGCGGGCUGGGUGUUGUGGAAGCUCCCGCCAAUCUGGGGGCUCCUGAACCAGUACUUUAUUGUCGUUGUUGCCACACCGCGGGCGGCGACUAUGGUGAGCGCCAUGUUCUCGCACCAGUCAUUAGGCCAUCUCCUGCAGAAUAUGGUUAUCCUAUGGUUCUUGGGCGUGCGCUUCCACGACGAGGUCGGGAGAGGCACGUUCCUGGCAACGUAUUUUGCGUCCGGAGCGCUGGGUGCCUUUGGGACGCUGAGCUGGGCGGUGCUGACGAACCGGCUGACGAUUACGUCCUUGGGGGCAUCGGGGGCGAUCUAUGGGGUCGGUGCGGCAUAUCUCUGGCUGCACCGGUUUGAUGCCUUCAGGAUCUUUGGCCUCCCGCCGCCGCCAAGAGAUGGCGUCGAGGGGCUCACGCUUCUGGCCUUCGCGGCGGCGCUCAACAUCGGCGCCGCCUUCACCGCAAAACGCUUUACCAUCGAUAUCACGGGCCAUCUCGUGGGGAUGAUCGCUGGUAUACUUGGCGGUCACUUGAUCGAAAGGAAAAGGGCGGCGAAGAAGGGAAUAGCCGUCGCAACCAGGAUACCGGUCGCUACCAAGUGAUGGAUGCCUGAAAGGAGAACCAGGCCACCUUGACGAGACGGCAAGUGGGGAUUAACAUAGUGCCGCCGUUGUUGUAUAUCGAAAAUAUCAUGUACAAAGUAUAUACACCGCUAUCAGACAAAGCCUUGCGUUUCAG